AUGGCAUUGAACUUCUUGGCCCGACCCUUCAAGUUGAGAUGGACACCAGAAGAUACAAACGACGCAGGCUGGAAGAAUAGCUGUCACUCCUCAACGGACGACCCGUCAUUAUGGAUAGAGGAAGUCGGGCCUAUGUUAAUGGGCAUGCUGGUUAUGGCUGGCUACUCUUGCUACUCGGCGUCGGUUCACACGAAAUUCUUUCACGAGUCAGUGGCACGAUCUUUGGGUCCUCAUCCCAGAGGGCGUGGGCCCCUUGGCGACUGGGAGAGCUUCAUGACGGAUGACCAUACGCCGGUCGAGCUAAGCUGGUGUUGGUCCACAUUGCCAGCAAACCCUACGGUCCGGUACUCGGUUGAACCAAUUGGCUUAUUUGCUGGACAGGAAGACGAUCCCAUCAACGCUGCUGCCAGUCUGCGCCUACUUGGAGAUACUCUCCCCUUAGCCUCGAACUUGCAUCUAUACCUGCAUCACCAUUUCGAAAACUUGCUUUUGUGGAGAGACGGGCCAGUUAAAAGUAAUAACCAGGACUCGUUUCCGCCCCAAUCACAAAGCUUCAUGGCCUUCGACUUGCUGGAAACAUCAAUUGUUGUCAAGCAAUACUACUUGCCCGGAUGGAGAGCACUGUCAGAAGGUAAAACGAAUCUUGCUAUUAUCAAAUGUGCAGUGCAAAAGCUUCCUGCACCUGUUAACGCUUUGAUGGACUCCAUGGAUAUGUUCAACGAGUUUUUCGGCUCAUUUCGAGAGUGUUCACAACCAGUCGUCGAAAUCGUAGCCAUCGAUUGCGUCGAUCCGUCCCAGUCUCGUUUGAAAAUUUAUGUUCGAUCACAUCGCACCACUCUGAAGAGUGUAGUUGAUAUGUUAAGUCUAGGUGGGAGAGCCCCCAAAACCCAGGACGAGGAAGACUCUUUACGGGAGCUUUGGUGCUCGGUGUUUGGUUUGAAUCCUGAUGAGCAUCACGAACACCAGCCCCUCAGUAAAAGGGAGCAUCGUACAGGCGGCAUUCUUUAUUACUUCAAGUUUAAACGGGGUACAAAAGCUCCCAAGUCGAAGGUAUAUCUGCCCGUUCGACAUUACGCGCAAAGCGAUGAGCAGAUUUCUCGAGGACUUUCCGACUAUCUCGCCCGUCGUAGCAAGACGCUGGCCACAGGAUCUUAUUAUGACGGAGUCAAAAGAUUAUGCACGCACCGGGACCUGACCGAAGGUUUAGGAUUCCACACCUAUAUAAGCUGGGCUUCUGAUAAGGACCAAUGGAACGUGACUGCUUACUUCAAUCCAGAGAUUUACCAUCAAUCUCGGUUCGAGAGUCUCCCAAUUGACUAA